CCUGGGGGUCAAUUCUCGUUCUGUGAAACGGUGAAAUGAAAACUUUUUUCACGUUUUCAUUGCACUUCCGAUUCGCUUUCAGUGAAAAUAUGAAAAGAAACGUCAAAGUGUUUUCACAUGAAAAAAAGUGGAACGAAACGAAACUUUUCACUUUUUCACAACCCUGACGAUUCUCGCUCUGUGAAACAGUGCAACCAACUGUUAAAAACUUAUCAUAUGUAAAAAAAUUAUACACAGCCUAUUUAUACGUGAAAACAAGAUGGAGAAGAUACCAAGAGGAAAGCGCGCCAGCGAAAACCAAAAAGAGUUUUUAAUAAAUUAUCUAGAAGACAAUGUAGACAUUGCAAACGAUAAGUAUGAAGCCUUUUUAACAUAAACAAACGAAUACCAAUUAUUUAUAAUUAUAGAUUUGUGACAGCAGAUGGUGCCAAAUUUCGCGAAGAAAAGUGGAAAGAACUAGCGGUGAGCCUUAAUGCUCUUGGCGGCACUCAAAAGGAUGGUGCAAAAUGGAAGAAGUAUUGGAGCGAUUUAAAACUUCAUACUCGCACAAAAUAUAGUGCGAUAAGGCAGGCAGAGCAGAGAAGUGGUAUAACGGUUUGAGUCGGGCCAAAGCACUGUCACCACUGGAAGAGCGCAUAAUUAAGAUUACAACUGUGCAGGCAGUCGAUGGUGAUGAAACGGGCGAAGUGGGCUUUGAAGCACUCGACAUGGCAGAAGCUUCUCACAAUCUCGCUGACAUUGUGGAGGAGACAUUCGAAGUUGUUGUGGCUGAAUGCGAGUUAGAUGGUACUGCAGCCGCAACCACAUUGGAAGAUGCAACUACGUGUCCAAUGAUGGGGGCGAGCACCUCAACUGCUGCAGCAAUAAGAGGCAGCACAGCAGCAGCCCGUUCGAGAGGGCGAAAAAGAAAGGCGCAAGCAGAAAACCCUCAGUUAGAAAAAUUGUUUAGGCUAGAGGAAAUCAAGGUAAGGGAAAUGGAGAUCGCCAAUAAUUUAAAACGCGAACAGAUCCAAGCGGUGACGGAGCAGACAGAGGCAAUAAUAGUGGGUACGCAAAUGAAAGAAUGUAUUGUAGAAAAACUACAACAUUUAAUUGAAAUUUUGAGGCGGCCGUGAGAAUGUUUUAAUUUUAGAAACAGCCUUGUCCAUAAGUAUUAGACAAUUUUUAUUAUACCUUUUUC